GGUAAGUUAUGACCGCACGAGAUUUUUCAUUUAUCUUGAAGGGCCUGUUUGAGUUUAAGCAGUUAAAGACUCUUCGGAUUAAUAGGCAAUAUGGAGUUAUAUGUAUUAUUUUUCACGUCAAUGAUUUCAUAUGGUGCGGCGAUAAACAGCAGGUGCCCUGCACAUUUGCCAAAAAAUGAGUUUUUACGGGAGUUUGGAAACAGUUGCUACGAGUUUAUUCUUGAUCACCCUGGGGACUGGCAUCAUGCUGACGCAGAUUGUAGAAUUAAGAAUGGAUACCUGGUUGACAUUCAGACCUACAGUGAGCAAGGCUUUCUCUUCAAUGCUUGCCAGGAACUUGGUUUCCAUGACGACAAGGGACUAUGGAUUGGUCUAACAGACGGAGAUGAUUAUUCGCAAGAAGGAACAUGGCACUGGGUCUCAAAUAACGGAAUUAGUUUCGCGAACUGGGGUGAUGGUCAACCAGGUAUGGUAGGAGGACUGGAGGAUUGUGUUCUGAUGCAGUUUUCUGACCAUGGACAAUGGCAUGAUUAUCCUUGUCAGGGAUUCCUAUUUUUAACAGAAAACCAUGGCUGGAUUUGUGAAUACCCACUCCCAACACAGAAUAUGACGCUGACAGGUAGAGGACUUUAAUACACAGGUAACUUAAAUACCAACCGACAUGCAAGUAUUUGGACUAAAAAGCAACAAAGAAUGGAAUAUAUGGACUUGUUAUGUUGAUAUUUUUUAGAAAGGCUCUGUUCUCUGUUUCAAUAAAUAAAGCAUUAUUACACUC